GGGGAGAGAGAGAGAAAGAGAGAGAGAGAAAGGGGAAGAAAGAGGAGAGGGGAUCAAAAUAAGCCGACUGGAGGAUAGGGAAGAGAAGGACAGGAGGAGUUUCAUGAAAACAAAGUCGGUUGCAACAUCUGGAGCAAAGCGCAAGCAGAAUUUGGACAUAAAAUACGCACCGCUUGCAGCUCCACAGACUUCCUGCUUCCAGUAACGUCCGAUAAAUUUGGUUACAAUUCAUCCAAAAACUGCGAUAAGAAUGCACAGAGUGGACAAACACCUCUGAUGGUUUAAGAAACUCCAGUUAUAAGUUGCACAUUUGCUGUUGUUUUUUUUUCUUUUCUUUUCUUUCUACUUUGCGUAAAGUUCGAGCUCGUUCGAAAAUUCGUGCAUGGGAUAACUUUUUCUUUCCACGCAUAAUGUUUUGACAAAAGAGAAGAUCGUGCGAGCUGCUAGGGAGUCUGCCUGUUUUUUGAGACUUUUUUUUUUUUUUUUUGUUGGAGAGUCGAGUGAUGGCACCAGAGCUGAAAUCCCUUGUCCGGCUGCUGCUGCUGGCGGUGGUGUGGGAGCUGAGCGCACAGGGAGCCACGGAGCGACAGAUCAACCCAGAGUCAUGGCUGCAACAGUACGGUUACCUGCCCCCAGGAGACUUGAGGACUCACGCCCUCCGCUCCCCUCACUCCGUCCCCUCAGCCAUCGCUGCCAUGCAAAGGUUCUACGGCUUGACUGUCACCGGCGUGUUCGAUGAAAACACUGUCGCGGCAAUGAAACGGGCGCGCUGUGGUGUCCCUGAUAAGUUUGGUGCCGAACUCAAGAGCAACCUGAGGAGGAAGCGAUAUGCCAUCCAGGGCCUGAAGUGGAACAAGAAAGAGAUCACUUUCUCUAUACAGAACUACACCCCGAAGGUGGGCGAGUAUGAGACCCACGAGGCCAUCAGGAAGGCCUUUAAGGUGUGGGAGAGCGUCACCCCACUUCGUUUCCGGGAAAUUCCCUACAGCUACAUUCGCGACAAGGUGGAAGAGUUUGCCGACAUCAUGCUCUUCUUCGCAGAAGGUUUCCACGGUGACAGCAGCCCCUUCGAUGGUGAAGGGGGAUUCCUGGCUCACGCCUAUUUUCCUGGUAAUGGCAUCGGAGGAGACACCCACUUUGAUUCAGCUGAGCCGUGGACAGUUGGAGACCGGGAUCUGUCAGGCAAUGAUAUUUUCCUUGUUGCGGUGCAUGAAUUGGGUCACGCUCUGGGUCUUGAGCACUCCAAUGAUCCCUCAGCCAUCAUGGCUCCCUUCUACCAGUGGAUGGACACAGAGAACUUCCAACUUCCUGACGACGACCGCAGAGGCGUACAGCAACUUUAUGGGUCUGGAUCAGGCCCUCAGCCCCCUCCUGUAACACCACAUCCGCCUAACAACAGCCCCCAACCCCCCUUCUCACCCGACAAACCUCGCUUUGGCCCCAACAUCUGUGACGGACACUUUGACACCAUCGCCAUCCUCAGAGGAGAAAUGUUUGUGUUCAAGGACAAGUGGUUCUGGCGAGUACGUAACAACCAUGUGCUGGAUGGAUACCCCAUGCCGAUUGGUCACUUCUGGAGGGGGUUGCCCACUCAUAUUAAUGCUGCUUUCGAAAGGGAAGAUGGGACAUUUGCCUUCUUUAAAGGGGACAGGUAUUGGGUGUUCAGUGAAUCUAUCCUGGACGCUGGAUACCCUAAGAGUCUUAAAGAAAUGGGCACUGGGCUUCCUAAAGAUCGGAUAGACGCUGCUCUCUUCUACACUCCCACUGGGCAGACAUUUUACUUCAGAGCAAACAAGUAUUACCGUUUCAACGAAGAAUCCCGGUCAGUUGACGAUGGCUAUCCAAAAGCUGUCAGUGUGUGGCAAGGAGUGCCUGACAACAUCAAGUCAGCCUUCAUGAGCAAAGAUCAAGCAUACACCUACUUCUACAAAGCCAACAAGUACUGGAAGUUCAACAACCAGAUGAUGCGCGUGGAGCCCGGAUACCCAAAAUCAGCCCUUCGUGACUGGAUGGGCUGCCCCAACGAAGACCCAAAGACGGACGGAGGAAGAGGCGGAGGACACGACAAAGACAAGGAGAGGGAGAGGGACAAGGAAAGGGAGAGGGAGAGGGAGAAGGAAAGGGAGAAGGAUAGGGAGCAGGAGGAUAAGGACAGAACUAGAGACAGAGAGAGGGGGAGAGGCAGGGACGAGGACGAGGACAUGGACCGGAAGGAUAGAGACAGAGUGGAGGAGGAAAUUGAUGUGACCAUUAUUGAGACAGCUGAAGGCAGUGGGGCAGCGGCGGUGGUUUUGCCGCUCUUCCUGUUGGUGUGUGUGAUUGCGGUGCUGGCAGCCCUGGUGUUUUUCCGUCGGUACGGUACGCCACGCCGACUCCUCUACUGCCAACGAUCUCUACUGGACAAGGUGUAGAUGAAGGGGGAGGGAAGGGAGAGACGUGAGAAAGAUGGGGAGCGAAAGAAAAGAAAAAUUGGGAGAAAAUGUGCAACGCAGGUAACAGAGCAGGAGGUGAAACAAGAGAAAGAGCAGAAGGAAAAGUGCCAGAGUUGCAUUUUAAAAUAUUCUUACCACUGCCAGAUUCCUUUUACUCCAUCUCUGAACCACUCGGUCCUUCCAUGUUUUCCUUCUUUCCUCUCCCUUCUGUCUCUGCCUCUCUUCUCGCGGUUACUGACGCCAGCUCAUUGCUGUUUGUUUUAGCCUUUUUCAAUGUCAUAUUUUUAGUUUAUGUCAGUGGUCAGUUUGUGUCCUUGUGAAUUUCCACUUUGAACCUGCAUCUUUCUGACGCCUGUUCCAGCAUGUUUCUUCGCAAAAGCAAGCAGCGUCUUUGAUCGUUCAUUUCCCCCCCCCCCAACCCCCCCAUAUUAACUUGCACACACUCCCAUAAAAACACUCACACAUAUGGAAACCACAGUGGCACAGUCAUUGUGUUCCUAAUCUUCCAGUAAAACGACGUGUCAGAGCCAGUGCGGACCAUAAAAGGGAAACAAAACAUUACCCUGCAUCCUUAUGAAGCAUGAGAUACGCUCAUAUCAGACUAGAGCAAUAAAUACAACUGUGUCCUCUCCUUUUUUUUUUAUUAAUGUCUUUAGUGUUGAUUAUUAUAAUAAGUGAUGCUGUCAUUAUUAUUAUGACUAUUACUAUUAUUGUUGUUGUUCUCUGUGUAAAGAAUGUUUUUGUAUAUUGUCAUUAAAAAGUCCUGCUGGACAGUGACAUACAGUUUUGAAAGUGGCCUUAAUUUUAUAUAUGUGGGGACAGUGAAUGGGGAAAAGGGGUUAUGUAUUCUUGAAACUUGAUUGUUCUUUUUUUUUAUACCUUGAAUCCAACUCAAAUGAAAAUAAAUCAAAGAUCUGAAAAUGA